AUGGCAAAAUGCUUGGUCAAGAUACGGACUCAACGAAGCCUCCACUUGCACAUGAUGAACCACUGCAGCAGUAAUGUGUUUGUCCGUCUGCUGAAACAUGGCUCCAAGGUCAUACCUCGAAAUGCUGGUACCCCACUGCCUAAAGCGAAUGUUUCUGAGCCCCUGAUUGCCAGUUCACCAGUGAAGGGAGCUCCGAGUGCAGAUCCUCUGAGUGACAAGGAAGAUAAAGUAAAAGAAGACUCCUUGAGCAUCCCUGAACUACUAUACAAUCCCAGAGCCAGGCUGCUCCCUACCGCAGUGGAUGAGGAUGAAAUUGACAUGCUUUUUGAUUGUCCAUCUUGGCUCGAAUUAGAAAGAGAAGACACAGAUUCAUUUGAGGAACUGGAAGCAGAUGAAAAUGCCUUUUUGAUGGCUGAAGAGGAGGAGCCGAAGGAAGCUCGUCAAGCUUUGUCAUGGAGCUAUUCCAUCCUGACCGGCCGUAUCUGGGUCAACCCUAUAGUCAAGCGUUGCUCCAGGCUCCUUGUGGUAGGCCUGGGACUGAUGUUAUUUGUAUUUCCCCUGCUCCUCCUCCUUCUAGAGUCAGGUAUUGAUCUCUCCUUCUUAUGCGAAAACCAGAAUUUGAGCAGUUUCACUAUGAAUACUACUGUCCCGUGAAGAAGUGGGUAUCUUAGAGGUCAACAUUUUUGUGUAAAUGUUGGGAUUCCCUGAUGAGAAUAAAGGAUGCAUUCAAUAUUAA